UCAGUCUACGACGUGAAGACGCGCAGUACACGCAAUGGCGGACACCAUGGUUGAUAUCGUUACUUACCGCAUGUUUUGGUGAUAUUCCACAAUUAUGGAUUAAGAUCGCCGGUUUUAAUUCCAAAGUUUUUUCUUCCGGCUUCGGGCCAAGUACAACUUCGUAACGUAGCGAAGGUACGCCGGGAAGUCUCGCCGCGAGACGGACGCUCGAAAGGCGAAGAAGUAGGUUAGACCGCGAAACUUCUGGUUGAGUAACUAUUACCUUUCGUUGACAUCAAGCGAGUCCAAAUGCUGGACUGUUCGUUGAAGAACUCAAAACUACGACGCAUUGCAUAUCUCUUUUUCUACAUCUUUUCUACAUUGUAUGCUUCGUCCUUAACAAGUUGAUCGACCAAAAAUGUCGAGCGAGAACAGAAUUGGUCGUGGAGUUCCACCUCGCUGGCUCGAUUGUCCACGCAAAGCGAUGAGGUUGAUUCAAGGCAAGUUUUUAGCUUUUAAAACGCCUUUGUCUUCGGCCUACGACAGCCAGGUGCCCGAGGGUUGUCGAUUCACUGUAGAUAUGUUCUUCGAAAAUUUGAAAAGUCAGAAACUGAAGAUGGGCUUGUGGAUAGAUUUGACUAACACAUCAAGGUUUUACGAUAAAGAUACCAUAGAGGAUUACAAUUGUAGCUAUGUGAAAUUGCAAUGUCGUGGUCAUGGCGAGACUCCGUCCGAGGAGCAGACUCGAGCCUUUGUACAACUCUGUAGUAGUUUCAUUGCUCACAAUCCAUUAGAGAUCAUUGGCGUACACUGCACACAUGGUUUCAACAGGACUGGCUUUCUUAUAAUCAGUUACUUAGUGGAGAUAGACAAUACCAGUGUUGAUGCUGGCUUAGCAGAGUUUGCCACUGCAAGACCUCCUGGAAUUUACAAAGCCGAUUAUAUAAAGGAGCUGUAUAAACGGUAUGACGAUGAGGCAGAUGCUCCACCUCCACCUGCGAGACCGGCGUGGUGUCUCGAAUAUGAUGAUUCCAAUAUUCCGGACACAGAUGAAGGACCAAGCAGGGAGAACGAAGAUUGUCAGGAUGAGAAAGGCAAGAGGAAGAGACGUGAAAUUUUUAAUAAAAAUCCAAUUUUUAUGGCUGGCGUACCUGGUGUUACUCCUAUCUUAGAAAAAAAGAAGCUAUUUGGAAUCCAGAGGCGAGUCCAAGACAUCUGCGGAUGGAAGGAUUCAGGAUUUCCUGGUUCUCAGCCUGUAUCCAUGGAUUGUGACAAUAUAAUGCUGUUACAUACAAAGCCAUACAGAGUAUCUUGGAAAGCUGAUGGCACAAGAUACAUGAUGUUAGUACAAGGUGAUGGAGAGAUAUUUUUUAUAGAUAGGGAAAACAGCGUUUUUGAAGUAACUGGACUGACAUUUCCUCAUGUACGAGAAAAUCGAAAUUUGAGAGAUACUCUGAUGGACGGUGAAAUGGUAAUCGACAAAGAUAGGGGCAAAAAUAUUCCUAGAUAUUUAGUUUACGACGUUAUCAUGUACGAUGGACAAGAUGUUAGUAAAUUACCGUUCCAUCCUGAUCGUUACUCCAUUAUCGAAAAUAAAAUAAUUGCUGGUAGACUAAGAGCUAUGAAGGAGGGACGAUUAAUAAAGGAACGGGAACCAUUCUCCGUGCGAUUGAAAUAUUUUUGGGACGUAACACAGAGCAAAAAUCUGUUGGGUGAAAAAUUUGCUAAACAGCUUUCUCACGAACCAGAUGGCUUAAUAUUUCAACCUGCCAAGGAAAAGUACUGCUCGGGAGUGUGCAUCGAAGUUUUAAAAUGGAAACCAUUGUCGUUAAACUCCGUAGAUUUUAAACUGAAAAUCGUUACGGAAUCCGGCAUGGGAAUUCUGCCGCGAAAGAUUGGUCAUCUUUUUGUAGGAGGACUGAAUACGCCGUAUGGCACGAUAAAGAUUACCAAGCAUAUGAGAGAUUUGGACAACGCGAUUGUCGAGUGCAAAUUCGAAAAUGGUCAAUGGGUCUUCAUGCGUCAGCGAAUAGACAAGUCGUUUCCUAAUUCCAUUAAAACUGCCGAGUCUGUGUGCAAAAGCAUCAACAAACCCGUUACGAAGGAACGGCUUUUAGACUAUAUCGAGAAAUACAGAUUUGCACGAGAUGAUUCAGAACUUAUGCCACCACCAAACAAAAAACCUAAUUUACCUUAGAUGGGUUAUAUCAUGUUAUUAUCAUUGAUUGUAAAUGUAUCAAGAUUUUUAUAUCUCUGCAAUGUCGAAGAAUGAAGACUUAGAAUGAUCUAUAUUUAUUUAAUUAGAAUGCGGGGAGUUUAUCAUAGAGAUUUAAAUUAAUUUUAGCUACUUUCAAUCAAUUUGAUUUUUAGGAAUGUUAAAUAGGUUGAAGAUAACGAAGUGCAUGGUAUGAUUUUUGUUAGAGAAUAGAGAAGAAAACGACAUGCAUGUAAGAUCAAUGAAAUAUUUACGAUAAUUCCUAAUUAAUUUUGUGAUAAAUAUACCGUUCUUGAUCAGGAUUAUCUUUUCAUCAGGUUAUUUCAAUUUGUUUCAACGCACAUUUGUAUCACGCAUAUUUUGAAUUAAGACUAUUCAUUGUUGAAUAAAAAGGUUUUGUAAUAAUA